AUGAUGCAGGCGCUUUCACGUCGAGGCAGGCUGCGGCACCGAGGCCGGGCCAACCUGGGCAACGCGCAUCCGCAGACGCUGCGUACCAUGUUCAACUUGGCCAAAUUGCUGGCUCACGCCAGCCACUUGGACGAGGCGGAGCGGCUCUUCCGCGAGGCGCUCGAGCAAUGUCUGGCCAUCUAUGGCGUGGCCAACAAGGAGACCGUAAACUCCGCGAAUCACUUGGCCAGAUUCUUGCAGGAGCGGGGAGACCAAGCGAAGCUGGAGAAGUUCGUCCAGGAGUUUCAGCAGCUGCAGCUCCAGCACAGAAUGGAG